UGUGAAGGUGCAGAAAAAUUAAACCGGUGUCGUUGAUUUUAACACCGGUUACUCUGAAAAUUUUCUCAAAUUCAUACCGGUUUGUACCAACGAAUUUCUUGUCUGUGUUAAUUCUUAUCAGUGUCAGCCCCCUGAUACUUGAUAGUUGUGUGCGUUUUUUAAAGAAUUGAACCGUUGUUUAUAAUAUUUAAAGCUGAAAUGAAUUGAUGAUUAUAAUAUUUCUGCAUAGAUGUCUCCUGUUGUUCAUUAUGUCAAUAAGGUAUGAUCGAUUUGUAUUAAUCUUGCCUAUUUUUAUUUGGAACAAAACUAAUUUCACCCCAUUUCCAAGCAGUUUUAUUUUGAUGUAUUUCUUGAUGCUUAAGAUUAUGGUACAAAAAUUAUAUUAGAAAUUAUAGCUAUCAGAAAUUGUUGAUACAUAAUAUGGGUAGAGUUAGCUGAAUAGGUAGAUACUCCACUUUGUUGAGAGGAGUUAUGUAAAUUAAAUUUUUCAGGCCAAAUAAAUAAAUAUUAGAUAUGAUUUAACAUGAUUAUUAUAUGAAAAUAAAUUUAUAAAUAAAACAAUUGUUUUUUACUAUUUAAUUUUUUAUGCCAUAUAAACCAGUUUUGUUUGUUGUUUCAGUUUUGGUUUUUUCCCUGUUACCUAAAUAUGUGCAUUUAUAUUUAAAAAUUCUAUUUUUUUUUUUUUGUUUAAUAAUUUUAAGAACUUUGUGCUUAUACAUAAAGUGUUUCUCAGUGAAUCCCAGUAUCCUGAGUAAGAAUAAAAUCAAAAUUCCAUUCCCCAGUUAUGAUAGAUGGAUAGUAAAAAAAAAAAAUUGUUACUCAAUGAUAUGUUGUAUUUUUAAUUUACAAUAAUCUAUGUAAUUAUACUUUUAAAAUUUUCAGGGUUGGAAUUGCAAGACUUUUAGUAAAUGUUGCAGUAGGAUGUUGUAGUGCAGCAUUAACAUAUGUAAUGUAUACAUAUUUCAACAAAGAACAAAAUGAAGUGUUAUUUUUUUACGGAAAUAAUUCUACAAGUUGCUCUUCUAGCAAUAGUGAUAAUACUAUAAAUGCACUUAAUCAUUGUAAUUGUAUGGAUUGUAAUGUUCUCAAAAUUAUCAGUUGGAUUGAUGGAGCAAAGAAAACAUUAGACAUCUGUUUAUAUGUUUUUAAUCAUGAGAUGCUACUGAAAGCAGUUAUCAAUGCUCAUAAACGUGGAGUUUGUGUCAGACUAAUCUUAAAUGAAGACAAUUCAAGAUUAACAUGGAAUUUAGGGUGUAUUGGUAUUCCAAAAAGAGUUAAAAACCCUGAGUUGAAUUCUAAUUUAAUGCACCAUAAGUUUACCAUUAUUGACAACAAAAGAAUCAUUUUAGGAUCUCUUAACUGGAGUCAAAAUGCAACUCGGUCAAAUUGGGAAAAUAUAUUUAUCACAAAUGAAUGUGAAAUAGUUAAUACAUUCAAACAAGAAUUUCAAAGACUUUGGUUAGAAUUUAAUGAUUAGAAUUAAUUUUAAAUUAGAUAAUUUCAAGUUUAUCUAUUAUAAACAAC